UCAGAACAAAGAUAGAGCCAAGGCUGAUCAGCUUUUGGGACCAGGCAGAUACACAUAUACACAAAGGAGAAAUAGCAGAGAAAACAGCGCAGACUGCUAACAUGAGGCUCUUCCAACUCGCUUUUCCUUUAUUAUGGGUGCUCGCUGAAGGGGAGGUCAUUGUUCUUAAAGACAUGUAUGGUGAGAUCCGAACACCCAAUUUUCCAGAGUUGUAUCCAAGUGAUUCAGAAGUGACCUGGAAUAUUACUGUGCCAGAGGGAUUCAGAAUCAGGCUGUACUUUAUACACUUCGACCUGGAACCAUCUUACCUCUGCGAGUAUGACUACGCUAAGGUGGAGAAUGAUGAACAAGUGUUGGCGACAUUCUGUGGAAAGGAAAACACAGACACAGAACAAGCUCCUGGGAAGCAAGUAAUCACAUCCCCUGGAAACUUUAUCAGCCUAACUUUUAGGUCUGAUUUCUCAAAUGAAGAACGAUACACUGGCUUUGAUGCUCACUAUAGUGCAGUUGAUGUAGAUGAAUGCAUGGAGGGAAAUGAUGAGGAUAUGGUGUGUGACCAUCAUUGCCACAAUUACAUUGGUGGAUUCUACUGUUCCUGCAGAUUUGGCUAUCUCCUGCACUCGGAUAACAGGACAUGCAAAGUGGAAUGCAGCGAUAAUCUGUACACACAAAGGAGUGGAACAAUUGCAAGCUCAGAUUAUCCUAAUCCAUAUCCCAAGAGCUCUGACUGCUUGUAUAGAAUUGAGCUGGAGGAAGGAUUUGUGGUCAAUCUUCAAUUUGAUGAUAGCUUUGAUAUUGAAGACCACCCAGAAGUGUCUUGUCCUUAUGAUUACCUAAAGAUCAAAGCUGGAAAAAAAGAAUUUGGUCCAAUAUGUGGAGAUAAAUCACCAGGAAGAAUAGAAACGGAGAGCAACAGUGUCCAGAUCUUGUUUCACAGUGAUGGCUCUGGAGAAAAUGGAGGAUGGAAGCUGUCCUACUCAGUCACAGGAAUUUCAUGCCCUGAUCUCCAGGAACCCUUAAAUGGAAAAAUUGAGACUUCUCAAUCAAAGUACACUUUUAAAGACCAAGCUGUGAUUACAUGUAUCCCUGGCUAUCGAGUUCUAAAGGACAAUGUUGAGAUGGACAGUUUCCAGAUUGAGUGCAAGAAAGAUGGAACAUGGAGUAACCAGGUGCCAAGAUGCCAAAUUGUUGACUGCAAGUUGCCAAAAGAACUUGAAAAUGGAUUUAUGACCUUCUCUACACCAGCAAAUACUACCAUAUACCAAUCAAGUAUUACAUAUUUCUGCAGAGAACCUUACUACAUAAUGACACCAAAUAUUACAGCUGUUUAUUUCUGUAAAGAAAAUGGAGAGUGGAUGAACUCAGAAAUUGGAACCACACUUCCUGUAUGCCAGCCAGUAUGUGGGGAACCGCGAUUUUCCAGGUCAAAGCUGGCAAGAAUUGCCCGAGGAAGUACAGCCAAGAGAGGGAUUUCUCCCUGGAUAGCCAUGUUUUCCAAUGCGUGGAAUGGGCGUCCCUUUUGUGGUGGUUCUCUCAUUGGUAACAAAUGGGUUAUUACUGCUGCACAUUGCCUGCAUAAUGAAGUAAGCCCAGAUGAGACAAGUACUACUCUAUUCACACUUUCAUCAUUUAACAUCACACUAGGGAAACAUAGGACUUUAAAUCAGGAUGACUCGGAGCAAGUAUUUCAGGCCAAGAACUUAUUUCUCCACCCAAAAUACAAUAGCAGUACCUUUCAGAAUGACAUCGCCCUGGUGGAGCUUCCACAACAAGCUUUUCUCAAUGACUAUGUGAUGCCUAUUUGCAUACCAGAAGAAGAAGUACAGCCAGAGGAUUUUGUAGUUGUCAGUGGAUGGGGAAAACAGUUCUUAAGGAAACUGCCAGAAGCCCUCAUGGAGAUUGAAAUUCCUGUGGUAGCCCAUGAAUUGUGCCAGGCUGGAUAUAUAAAGAUGGGCAGGGUGGUAACUGACGAUAUGAUAUGUGCAGGACUGAGAGAAGGGGGGAAGGAUGCCUGCUCCGGUGACUCCGGUGGUCCAAUGGUCACCUUCAGUCAACAUAAAAAUAGCUGGUAUCUGGCAGGAACUGUGUCCUGGGGAGUGGGCUGUGGGGAUAGUGAUAAAUAUGGUGUAUAUUCAAAUAUCUAUAGAAAUAUAGACUGGAUAAAAGCAACAAGUAGAGUGAAAUAUUGA